AUGCGCGCCGGAAUUGUUGCCCUCCUCCUGACCGCGGCCACUGCCGUUGCUGCCACUCCUGUUCCCCAGAACGCCCAGCAUCAGAUGACUGUUCGCCAAAACAACAACAACAACAACAACCAAAACAACCAGAACCAGAACAACCAAAACCAGAACAACCAGAACCAGAACAACCAGAACCAGAACAACCAGAACAACCAGAACCAGAACCAGAACCAGAACCAGAACCAGAACCAGAACCAGAACCAGAACCAGAACCAGAACCAGAACCAGAACCAGAACCAGAACCAGAACCAGAACCAGAACCAGAACCAGAACCAGAACCAGAACCAGAACCAGAACCAGAACCAGAACCAGAACCAGAACCAGAACCAGAACCAGAACCAGAACCAAAACAACAACCAGAACAACCAAAACAACAACCAGAACCAGAACGACAAUAACCAGAACAACAACAACGGUAACCAAAACAACAACAACGGCGAUGCCAACGCCGACAACGGCAACGCCGGCAACGGAAACGCCGACGCUGGUGGCGCCGCAGACUUUGGCACCUGCGUUCCCACCAUCUCGUUCGAGUUCGGCCGGGGCAACAGGGGCGCCAACGAGGGUACCUUCUUGCCUCUGGACCCGGCCAUCCUCAGGGGGCAGUCCGACGCUCUGAACCCCAACAUCAUCACCAACCGCGUCUGCGACCAGCUCGGUGCCCAGACUUGCGGUGCCAACCAAGCCGCCGUCGACCUGUGCCUCGACGCCAAGGCCCAGGUUGCCGCCGCCGGUACCAAGGACGCCACCACCGCCGAUCUGUUCAACGGCCUGCUGGGCUUCUAAGCUCUAGCUUGAGUUGGGACUUGAUAGCUUGGAGCUUUUGGUGACCUACAUCACAAAAGAAAAAAAAAAAAAAGAAAAGAAAAAAGUACAAAACACCAAAAAUUGAACAUGACGACGACCUUUGCGGUAGUUGUACGCCAUCCCACGCCUGGUAUUGGAGUUGGCCGGGUUCGAACCGACGACCCCAUGCAUUCUGCACGUCGGCGAGCCUUCCUAAAGACCGGAAACAUGUCUGGACCAUGUCAGGCUCGAUGCAAAGCAUAUGCGCUACCACUGCGCUACAACCCCAUAGAGACGCUUGGAUGACAGUCGGGCAUGAUCGUCA